AUGCCGCCCAAGAAGAAGGGCAACAAGAAGGCCCAGGACGACUGGGAGGCUGAGCUUGGCGAGUCCAUCGCUCCCGCCGCACCUACAGACGCCCCAGCCGAAGACGCCAACGGAGACAACGAUGACGACGCAGCCGGAGCCGGCGGCCUGAUGGCCAUGUUGCGAAAGAACAAGGAGAAACGCAAGAAGAAAGGGCUACCGGAGGAGGACUUCGUCCAGGGCGAGGACCCCGCGGCCGCCAACGAUGUGGCGGCCAAGGCACCUGUCGAGGCGACCGUCGACGACGAGUUUGCCUUGCCCGAGAAGAAGGGUAAAGGUGGCAAGGGAAAGCCGGCACCGAAAAAGGACGAACCCGCCGAUGAUGCCGAGGAGGGCGGCAGGAUACUUACCAAGGCCGAGAAGGAGAAGCUCAAGAAGGAGCGCGAGAAGCAGCGUAAGAAGGAACAGGCCGCAAAGAAGAAAACCCCAGCGCCCGCAAAGGCCCCGGAGCCUGCCAAGACGGCCGCCCCUGCCAAGACGUCUCCGGAGGAGGCGGCGCCAGCCGCCCCGGCCGCCGCCGACGCCGGAGGCAAGAAGAAGAAGGUGCCGGCGCACCUUGCCAUGCUUCAGAAGCAGCAGGAGGAACUCCGUCGCAAGCGAGAGGAGAUUGAACGCCUCGACGCCGAGGCCAAGGCACGCGCUGAGGAAGAGGAACGCCUCGCCGAGGAAGACCUGAAGCGCAAGGAGGAGCAGAAAGCCCUCAAGAAACAAAAGGAGAAGGAGCGCAUCGAGCAGCUCAAGAAGGAGGGCAAGUUCCUCACCAAGGCACAGAAGGAGGAGAAGGCUCGCAACGAGAUGAAAUUGCAGCAGAUGCUUGCAGCCGGCAUCAAAGUAGGACCCCAAGAAACAGUCGACGGUGAGCCCAAGAAGAAGUCCUACGACAACAAGAAGAAGAGGGGCAAGAAUGAGCAGAAGGUUGAUGAAGAAGCUGCCUUGGCGGAAGCAGCAGAGCGUGCCCGUGCCGAAGCCGAGAAGGCGCUUAAGGCGGCCGAGGAGAAGGCCGCCAGGGAAAAGGCCGAGGCCGAGGCCAAGGCUGCCGCUAGCAAGAAGGCUGCCGAGAGCGACAUCGAGGAUGACUGGGAGGCCGCGGCCGCCUCCGAUGGAGAUGUUAAGGACAGCUGGGACGCCGAUUCGGACGAAGAGGCGGAGAAGAAAGCACUGUCCUCGAGGCCGAAACAAGCCGAAGACGAAGAGGGAGAGGACGAGUCUGAAGACGAGAGCGAAUCCGACGAGUCUGAAGACGAAGCAGUCUCCGCGGCGCGACAGGCAGAAGCCCAGCGCAAGAAGGAGGCGGCCGAGAGGAGGGAGAAGGCCCACCAGGCCGCUCUGGCCGCUCGUUCAAAGGAUAACCUCCGUUCCCCCAUUUGCUGUAUCCUGGGCCACGUCGACACAGGCAAGACGAAGCUUCUCGACAAGAUCCGGCAGACCAACGUCCAGGAGGGCGAAGCCGGUGGUAUCACACAGCAGAUUGGUGCCACGUACUUCCCUGUGGACGCCAUCCGACAAAAGACUGCUGUCGUCAACAAGGACAACAAGUUCGAGUUCAAGGUGCCCGGCCUCCUUAUCAUCGACACUCCCGGUCACGAGUCGUUCUCCAACUUGCGGUCUCGUGGCUCCUCGCUCUGCAACAUUGCCAUCUUGGUGGUCGACAUCAUGCACGGCCUCGAGCCCCAGACCCUGGAGUCAAUGCGCCUGCUCCGUGACCGCAAGACGCCAUUCAUUGUGGCGCUCAACAAGAUCGACAGACUUUACGGCUGGAAGAAGGUAGAUAACAACGGCUUCCAGGACAGCCUGGCGCUUCAAAGCAAGGCGGUGCACAACGAGUUCAAGAACCGACUGGAGCAGACCAAGCUCGCCUUUGCCGAGCAGGGUUUCAACUCAGAGCUGUUCUACGAGAACAAGUCGAUGGCCAAGUUUGUGUCCCUGGUGCCCACUUCGGCGCACACGGGAGAGGGUGUCCCGGACAUGCUGAAGCUCAUUGUCCAGCUCACACAGGAGCGCAUGGUGGGCUCGCUCAUGUACCUGUCGGAGGUGCAGGCGACGGUCCUCGAGGUCAAGGCCAUCGAGGGUUUCGGCAUGACCAUCGACGUCAUCCUGUCCAACGGUGUCCUGCGCGAAGGCGACAGGAUAGUGCUGUGCGGUACUGAAGGCGCUAUCAAAACCAACAUUAGGGCGCUGCUCACUCCAGCGCCUCUGCGAGAAUUGCGCUUGAAGUCGGCAUAUGUGCAUAACAAGGAGGUCAAGGCCGCCCUGGGUGUCAAGAUCAGCGCUCCUGGCCUUGAGGGCGCCAUCGCUGGUUCGAGGCUGAUGGUCGUCGGCCCUGACGAUGACGAGGAAGACAUCGAGGAUGAGGUCGAGUCUGACCUGGCAAACCUGCUGAGUCGUGUCGAAAAGUCUGGCCGCGGUGUCAGCGUGCAGGCGUCUACCCUUGGUUCUCUGGAGGCCCUGCUCGACUUCCUCAAGGACUGCAAGAUCCCCGUGGCCAACGUCGGCAUCGGCCCCGUCUACAAGAGAGAUGUCAUGCAGUGUGGUAUCAUGCUGGAGAAGUCCCCCGAUUAUGCAGUCAUGCUGUGCUUCGACGUCAAGGUGGACAAGGAGGCACAGGCAUAUGCUGCGGAGCAGGGCAUCAAGAUCUUCACGGCCGACAUCAUCUACCAUCUCUUCGAUUCCUUCACCAAGCACAUGGACGAGAUGCUGGAGAAGAAGAAGGAGGAUUCCAAGAUGCUUGCCGUCUUCCCGUGCGUGCUCAAGCCGGUCGCUGUCUUCAACAAGACGGACCCCAUCGUCAUCGGUGUGGACGUUGUCGACGGGCAGUUGAAGAUCAACACGCCCAUCGCCGCUGUCAAGUCCAACCCAGUCACUGGUGUCAAGGAAAUUAUCAGCCUGGGUAGAGUGACCUCGAUUGAGCGAGAGCACAAGCAGAUCCCGGUCUGCAAAAAGGGUCAACCGUCUGUGGCCGUCAAGAUCGAGAUGGGUGGCCACCAGCCCAUGUACGGCCGACAGCUGGAGGAGGCGGACACGCUCUACAGUCUCAUCUCCCGCGCCAGCAUUGACUGCCUCAAGGAGUUUUACCGGAAGGACGUGUCCAACGACGAGUGGCAGCUCAUCAUCAAGCUGAAGCCGCUCUUUGACAUCAAUUAA